UUUCAUUUUCUGUGUGGAAUAUUGAGCUACAAAGUCCACUGUUAGUCUGGUGUUGUAUCUCCUGUUAGGUGGGGGCUGGUCACCUUCCUUUCAUUUUUCUUAUAUUUUGAUAUUUAUAAAAACAAGCCAAGAAACACCAACAAAAUCUCCAAAUUCUUUCUCCUCAAGAAAAGGAUGAAGACAAUAAUGGCGGCAAAAUCUCCUCAAGAAACAUCCUUGUCUUUCUCUAGAAAAUACUUCAACUGGAGAAAGAAGCCUGAAGAUCUUCUUAAUGAUGAUCAACAACACAUUCUUCAUUCCUCGUCGAGUCUUCCUGAUCUUGAAGAUACUCAUAAUAGCUUUACAGAUGUUGAUAUUAAAUCUUGUGUCUUAGUUGAUCCUAAGAAAACUAAGAAGAAGAAGAAAAUGUGUGUCUCAAAGUUGACUUCAUUUUUCACUAGGAGCAUUAGGUCAUCAGAAGAAGAUAAUGUAUCGCUUGGUUGUAAGGUAGUCGGUACACUGUUUGGUUACCGGCGCGGUCAUGUUCAUAUUGUGUUCCAGGAUAAUUCCAAGACUAUACCGGCUUUUCUUAUCGAACUUUCAACACCGACAAGUGUUCUUGUAAGGGAAAUGGCUUCUGGUUUGGUAAGAGUAGCUUUGGAGUGUGAUAAGAAGUGGGAUAAGAAAGGGGUCAAGUUAGUAGAAGAGCCUCUUUGGAGGGCAUAUUGUAAUGGUAAGAAGUGUGGGUAUGCAAUGAGGAGAGAGUGUGGGGCCCAUGAAUGGCGGGUACUUCGAUCUGUGGGGCCUAUUACGAUGGGUGCUGGUGUUUUACCAGGUGGAAGCGAGGAUGAUGAUGAUGAUGGUGAUAGUGAUGAGAGUGGUGGAAGGGUGAAGGCGGAGGGAGAGCUUAUGUAUAUGAGGGCUAAGUUUGAGAGGAUUGUUGGUUCCAAGGAUUCUGAGGCUUUCUAUAUGAUGAAUCCUGAUGGAACUGGGGGUCCUGAGCUUAGUGUUUAUUUGCUCCGAGUUUGAUGUUUUCGAUUUUCGUAUAAACAUGCAUUUUCUUAGGAAUUAUUAUUAAUUUCUUCACAAAUUAAAUUAAUAUUAUUAUAUUCUAUGCUUACUUAAA